AGUUCAAACAAAUCAUAGGGGUUCUUCUCCGCUAAAACCCUUUCCUCAACUCGGAAACCAAACCACAACUAAUAUACAGUCAUGCACCUUCUAUUCCGUUUCCCCGCCGUCACACGCCGCAACUACCUUCUACUCCGCCACUACAAAACGGCGAAGAAACCACCGUUACCUACAGCCACCCCUCCAAAAGCUCCAAAGAAGCCUCAGAACUUCAGCUUCCAUGGAAUAACAUGGGAGGAUCCUUACAGCUGGAUGUCGAGCCUGAACGACAAGGUAGCGAUGCGGCACAUGGACGUUUACAUGGAGCAAGAGGAGAAGUACACCGAGGCCGUAAUGUCCGAUUCAGAACGCAUCGUUAACAAGCUUCACUUCGAAAUGGCGUCUCGUGUUCCCUUCGAGCUUUCCACUCCUCCUCUUCGCUGGGGCCCUUGGCUGUACUAUCGCCAUGUUGAAGAAGGAAAACCUUACCCUGUGCUUUGCAGAAGAUUGGCGAGCUUGCACGAUGAUUUCAUUUCGCAUAAAUAUCCUCCGGCCGGAUUUGAUUUUACUACAGGGAAGACAGUUGAGCAGAAGCUGGUUGAUUAUAAUCAAGAGGCUGAGAGAUUUGGAGGUUAUGCUUAUGAGGAACUUUCUGAGGUUUCACCAAAUCACCAUUUUCUUGCAUAUACUAUGUAUGAUAAAGACAAUGGCUACUUCAAGUUAUCUGUGAGAAAUUUGAAUUCGGGUUCCUUGUGCAGUAAGCCUCAAGCAGACCGUGUUUCAAAUUUGGCUUGGGCUAAAGAUGGCCAGGCGUUGCUUUAUGUUGUAACAGAUGAGAAAAUGAGGCCAUACCGGAUCUAUUACAGUCUUAUUGGAUCAACUGAUGAUGAUGUUUUGCUUUUGGAAGAAUCAGAUGAAAAUGUUCAUAUUAGUAUAAGGCACACAAAAGACUUUAAAUUUGUGACUGUGAAUACAUUAUCUCCCACAUCAUCAAAGGUCUUUCUAAUAAAUGCAGCUGAUCCAUUGUCUGGCUUGAAACUUGUUUGGGAGUGUGAUGCUAUAGUUCACUGUGUGAUUGAACAUCACCAAGGUUAUCUUUAUUUAUUUACAAAUGCUCCCAAAGGUGGGCAAUCGGUUGAUUAUCAUUAUCUUCUUUGUAGUCCCGAGGACACUCAUUCAAAUCCAAGAAAAUGGGAGGAGGUAAUUGUCGAUGACCCAAAUUUGGUUAUUGAGGAUGUCGAUUUUAGUGAUAAAUACUUGGCACUCAUUGUAAGAGAAAAUAAAAAAUUCCAACUUUGUUCAGUUGGACUGCCAUUGCCCUUCGGGAAGGGGGCAGUUAAAUUGAGGAAGCUUGACAUGCAAUUCUUGUCUCUACCAAAACAUGUUUGUCAAAUUUCACCUGGACCCAACUAUGACUUCUUUUCAUCAGUCACGCGCUUUAUAAUAUCUUCUCCUGUGAUGCCUGAUGCUGUGGUUGAUUAUGACCUAGCAACCUGUAGGUGGAACAUCAUUCAACAGCAAAAUAUGCUCCAUGACAGGACACGAAUAUUAUAUGGUACAAAUUCUUCAAGUGUAAGUGUGGAACCCUCAGAUCCAAAGUAUUCUAGUCCCGUGCAUGCCAAUUUGGAAGAUGACCACUUAUGGAAUGACCUGUCUGAGUUUUACGCCUGUGAACAAUAUGCUGUACCUUCAUUUGAUGGGGUUCUGAUUCCCUUGACUAUUGUUUUUGCACGUGAAAAUAAGCCAAACGAUGAAAAACCUGGAAUAUUGCUUGGUCAUGGAGCUUAUGGUGAGUUACUCGACAAACGGUGGCGCAGUGAAUUUAAAAGCCUUCUGGACCGUGGUUGGGUCAUAGCCUAUGCUGAUGUUAGAGGUGGAGGUGGUUAUGGCAAGAAAUGGCAUCACGAUGGAAGACGAACAAAGAAACAUAAUUCAAUCAAUGACUAUAUUUCUUGUGCCAAAUUUCUCAUAGAAAAAGAUAUUGUGAAUGAAAACAAAUUGGCUGCUUGGGGAUAUAGUGCUGGAGGGCUUUUGGUUGCUGCAGCUAUUAAUCGUUUUCCAGAUUUAUUUCGUGCCGCAGUCUUAAAGGUUCCUUUUUUAGAUGUAACCAACACUCUUCUGUAUCCCAUCUUACCACUUGUAGCUGAUGAUUAUGAAGAGUUUGGCUACCCCGGGGACCUCGAUGAUUUUCUUGCAAUUCGAGAAUAUUCUCCUUAUGACAAUGUUCAAAAGGAUGUUCUUUAUCCAUCGGUAUUAGUAUCCUCGUCUUUCAAUACACGAUUUGGGGUGUGGGAAGCAGCAAAAUGGGUAGCACGAGUUCGCGAUCUUUCAAUAUAUGACCCAAAACGGCCAAUAUUGCUGAAUUUGACCACUGAUAUAGUGGAGGAAAACCGUUAUUUACAGUCCAAGGAAUCAGCAUUAGAGGUUGCUUUUCUUAUUAAGACAAUGGAAUCCUAGAUAUGAGAACUAAUCAUUUGUUCAAUCUGAAAGGUAGUUGGCACUGGUGCGAUGUCUCCCUCCGGCAACCCAUUGUAAAAAUCGAGAUUGUAUUUCUUGAUGAACUAAGAUCCAAUCAUGUGCUCCGCAUGGGAAAUGCUUGCUAUCCAAUAUUCUUUUCCCAUUGGUUGCACGCUUAGCUCUCAAGCCUGCUAUAACAACCAACAGAAUUAGCACAAACAAAAUCUUAGUCACUUUCUUGUAAGAAUUUGAAGUUCCUCAUUUAUAAAUGCCACUGCCUGUAUCAAUAAUGCACAGUGCAAAUUUGGUCUUAAUGGUGUGUAUAUGUGUAAGCUUAUGACAGAUGUUUAUUUUCCCCAUAUGAAUGUAUUCAUAAAAUCUUCCAAAUUGCAAUUGCAUACACAUAAAUGUUUAACUGCAUUAAUUAUUUUUUUAUGAACAUACUUUUACUAGUAUAUAAAUUAUCAAUAUAUUUGCAGGUGAAGGUAGUUAAUUUAUUAUAGCUACAAAAGUGGAAAUUCAGAUACCAAAACCAAUAAUGGGGAGUGGCCCCUUCUUACUCUUGGAGCAACACAACACAACAAACAAAAGCAACAGUCUGUAUAUCUCUCCAUCUACUUUCCUUUUACCAUUAAAGAAAGUAUUUCUCUUUCAUCCAAUUUUGCCUCACAAAUCCUAAUACUUGAUUCCUUUUCAUCACGUCCCACGAGUUGGCGUUUAAGUACAUGUCCAACACGCCAAUCCAACAUUUUGUUUCUUUCCAAUGGCAAAGCAGAGCUUAGUGAUUUGUCAACUGCUAGAUGGAAAAGUAGCAUUAAAAUAUCCCACCCAACAACACUUCCUUUGUCGAACAUAACUUAGUGGUUGAGGUCAAACAAUGAUUGUUACCCUUUAUAACAAAAAUAUAAUCAUUCAUUUAACUUAUAGCCUUGGUUGAGGUGCCAUUUUG